UGCGAUUGCAGCGGCCGCAUCAAGACUACACGGCACUCUCACUCACCACUCGUCCCCGUGCUCUUUGUGUUGCUAGGCACGACACAUUCACAUCCUCCAAGUGGUGUUCAUCACUGCCAAGCUUCAUUCUCCUCCGUCUUUAGAAGACCCCUACUUUAGAUCUCUUCUCGUUCCGAGAGUGCACAGGACGCACCAAGGCGCAGCGCUGCGAUUUGCCACCGAGUCCGUGUGCACACGGAGGCCAAUUUCAACAUGCCGCGUCCUCGACAAGCCUUAAAACGCUCACCAGACAGCGUCAGCGAUGCAGUCUCGCCACAGUCAUUGAAAAGCUUCGAGAGCGGAAGCGGCAGCCGAAAUCCUUCUGGACUAAGUACCCCGAACACUUCCGUAGCAUCUGCGCGUCCUCAACGCAAAGCCAAGCUCAACCGUCCCUCCUACGCUGAAGAUGAUGCGCAGCCUCGCAGAGCGAAGGCUCGAGAGCCCAAAAGCUCCCCCGGUCCUCGUUCCAAGCUGCAACGCUCGCGCCGGGGAGGACGCAACGUCACCUCAGACUCUGAGUACGACUACGGCUCCCCUUUAGCGAGUCCUGAGACUGGCCGAAAAGCGAUACCCGAAGUGGUGCUGAAAUCGGGCAUGUCACUGGCGGAUAUGUACUGCGACAACACGGAUGAAGAGCUCGAGCAGGUAGCGCUACUCUCCAAGCAAAGUCUUCGUGCACUCAACAGCAAAAGAGGUGAGGGCUCGCGUUCAAAGACUCUAGCUCAUCAGGCUUUGAGCGAUGUCAAGGAAGAGGACGAUGGAGGGUUUUUCCAGCCUUCGCCACGCUCCAAACGCGACACAGCCAAAUCUUCGGGUGGCAGCAGUAGUCGCAAACGUCCUCGA